AGGUGAGCUAAGUUGUUUGAGGGACACAGUCUUUUAAAAAAAGAGACUAUUCUCAGCUGCUGCUUUAUAAAGCGGUACAGCUUUAUGCGUAUUGAAGCUCAGGAACAAAAACAUUAACUUUUUGUUAACGAAGGCACGAACAGCCAGACUGAUUUCGAGUAAAGAAGAAGCUUUGUCACCUCAAUGAUUGAAAAUUGACUCGUUCAUUGAUCGAUGCCGGUGGUCGCCCUCUUCGUCGCGCGAUGGCUGUACUUCCGAAAACACACGCCGAGACCAAACUGUCCCUCGCAGUUGUCUAGCUUUGUUGCCGUGAUGGAUCCAAACUGUUGAUUGGAAUGCCUGUAGUGUAACCUGUUUGAUUCUUUAACUUUAAUGGCUGGCUUUUUGUGUUGAAUUUUAAAAAUUUAAAGAAUAGCUAGCUUUACUGUUUGUAAAUACAAUGGCGACAUUCUCAAAGAAAGCAGCAAUGUGCUUCCCAGAAAUAACGUUUCGCUUCUUGAUCAUUCUGGUGGCCUCGUCAGUCGUUGUUUCAGCGACAUCCCAGAAGAAGAUUAUAGCUUUCUUUCAAGAUUUGAUUGUGGCACAGGUGCUGCGGUUUUGCAAAGCCCAGAGGAGGUUGUGAUGGGACAGUGGAACCGCCUGGUGGUAGCUCGCAAUAACAACCAGGGUUCCUUACAGCUUAACAGUGCAAAUGUUGUGGAGGCCACUGCCCCAGGUGCCUAUACACGCAUCACCCUGCGACAGAACCUUUACGUUGGAGGAUACCCUGAUAUGGAUACAAUUGAAAGCCGUGUUAACACCAGCAAGAGAUUUGUGGGUUGUGUUCAGGAGCUGAUUAUCAAUGGUUAUCGUUACGACUUUCGCAGAGGUGGUUUGGUGGGUGAUGCAGAGUUUGGAGUAAAUGUUGGAGAGUGCAGCGAGGGACUGUGUGACAAUGUGGUGUGUCAGAAUGGAGGCACUUGCCAUGCCAAAACAGCGGACACAUCCAUCUGUCUUUGCCCUCUUGGAUUCCAUGGCAGCAUUUGUGAAAAAGAAACACCAGUUCGAAUUCCACGUUUCAAUGGCCAUUCACACUUGGAAUAUGCUGGCUUGGGGCGAACAGUGCUGGCUUUCACAGAGCUGGAGGCUGUAAUCAAACCAGAAGCUGUGGAUGGCAUGGUCCUGUACAAUGGUUACACUCUAGACAGAAAAGGUGACUUCUUGGCCCUUGCUUUGAGAAAUGGAUUUGUGGAGUUCAGUUUUGAUCUGGGCACAGGACCAGCCAGAAUCAGGAGUGCUAUGCCAUUGGCUUUGAACCAGUGGCACGUGAUUCGGGCAUCACGCACUGGCCUACAGGGGGUGCUGAAAGUGGAUGAACAACCUGAAGUUACCGGACAGUCACAGGGUGCCUACACACAGCUGACUUUGCUAGAGAACCUUUUCAUAGGAGGACAUCACAACUUUGAUCACACAUCCAAGCAUGCAAACCUCUCCACCUCUUUUGCUGGCUGCAUUCAAAAGAUUGUAGUCAAUGGUCGACCUCUUCGUAUUCUGGAAGAGAAAGUGAAUGGAAGAAACAUUGAGCCCUGUGAGCACCCUUGUGCUGGUGAACCAUGCAUGAAUGGAGGAGAGUGUAGCCAAGAGGAGGUGUACAAGUGUAACUGUCCUCUGGGAUUCACAAACACCAACUGUGAAGACAAGCUGGAGAGGAUGCCUACAAAACCUAUGUUCAGUGGUUCAAGCUUUCUAAUCUACACCCAUUCUGACAUUGCUAAGAGAAUUACGGGAAACAAAAUGGAUGUGCAGUUAUACAUCAGACCCAAGGGUCGUAAUGGGCUGUUGCUAUGGAGCGGACAGGAUGUGAUGACCACCAACAGUGACUUUGUGGCAUUGGGUUUUGUGGAUGGUAGUCUUCAGCUCCACUAUAAUCUGGGGAGUGGCAAAGCUUUGGUUGCCUACAACGAUUCUCGCCUUUUUGACGGUCAAUGGCAUUUUAUUCGUGUUCAAAGGGACAACCGAGAUGCCUACAUGGAGGUGGAUUCGCGGGAGAUUGUUGAGGGGAGCUCUCCUGGAAGCUACACCAUGCUGAACACAAACAGAAUCUUAUACUUGGGUGGUAUGCCAAAUGUGGCUGAAGGGACCGACAACUUGUUCACCACAAACUAUGUGGGCUGUGUGAGGGAUCUUUUAUUGGCCACAGACUUAAAUGUUCAGUUGAUUGAGCAUGCACAGAGUGGACGCAAUGUGCUACAGUGUCGCAAACAUUUGUGAGCUUUGGCAGACAGCUUUGGCUGCACUGUUCGUGAUGCCACCUGCAAGGAGUGGAUUUGCCUGCAAAACUUUCUUCCCCACAUAUUUCAGGGGCCUGGGGCCCAUGCCUGCUGUCAUGCAUAAUCAAACUGACGGACAUGCAGUCUACAGCACAUGUACACACAUUUUCAAAAUGCAUGCACUUGCACACACAAACAUACAUACACAUGCACACACACAUAUAUAUAUAUUCACAUAUGGUGUGAGCUUACUCCUAGAUGUCCUAGUGAUAUGGUGCUGUUGGUAACCUGUGACACUGAAGCUGUUAGGCAUAUCAAACAAGCAGAUUCAGGAUGGCAGCCAUUAGUGUCCAAAAGAAGGAAUCAUACUGAACAGUCAGAAUUUAUGCAACUGUGCCAUUGUUCCUGGACAUCUGGACAGCUUCUCAUGAUAGCUGCAGAGACGAUCAGAUGAUAUAGCUUUGAGGGAAAAUGCUUUAAAAUCUUACGUGCAUGUAACUGCGUCAUUUGCUUCUUAUUUUCCAUGCCUCCAUUUAUUAGCAACAUUGAUUUAACAGCAAUACUUUAUACAAAUGACUGUUAGGCUAGUCAAGCAAAGCCAGAUAUUUGUACUUUUUUUUAAUUGCAUGAAGGGAGAGGCAUAAGACCUGGUAGAGCUUUUUUUCAGUUAAGCCAUUAAAAUCUUGCCUUUUUAAUUUGUGGUAUCCAGCUGGCUACAACCCACAAAAUGGUAGUCAGAACCCCAUCCAUACCAGAUGAUCAAAAUAGUCCCUCUAUUGACCACCUUUCAUUUUGUAGUCAACAGUUUAAAUGUGUGGUCACCAUUGUAGAAUCACUGGUGUAUUUUAUUUUAGGGCUACCGUCAUAAAUAUAAUAAAUAUGAUUUUUCUGUUUAUUUCAGCAGGUAAUAUGUUUGUUGAAAAAUGCCUCAAAAUUGUCCAUUGUUGUUUGAUAAUUAUCUUUCAUGUUAAUGUUCUUGACCAGGUAUGUUUUUGUUCAAAUUCAAGAUUUUUCUCGACUUUUAUGUCUCUAUUUUUCAAAGAAAGUGAUAUGCAAAAUAAUGCAAAGCACAUUAAAAGGUAUACAAAAGAAUAUGUUUAAUAUGCUUGUGAUAAAGUGGUACAUUGAAAUAAAUCAGUGGUAGCAACAACAAAAAUAGGAAUCAAAACUUUUGAUUAUUUACUAGGAGGAGGAGGAGAGUAGUAGUCAUCAUUUCUUUGGCUUACAGCUGUGAGGAGUGUGGCUAUAAGUGACCACUCUUCCCCAGGCAAUCACCAGUGACUAGCUCAUCACUCCAUACUCUUCAUAUUCAUCAUAUUAAUCCAUCGCAACUCUAUUAGUGUACCUGGUGCCAGUUUUUUGGUAUCUAUGCAGGUUGUGGAUUAAUGGCAAGAUCUUUGCUGUUCACUUAUGUUGUUGGAGAUAGCCUUCAUGAAAGAUGCAAAUUCAGGUAGGUGCAAGCUCUGGAGACUGGGAAGCUUGGUAGGAUUAAAACUGCCUCAUAUGUACCUCACCAGGAACAAUCAAGGGCUUGGGGAGUUAAGAUGCUGUGCUUGCUUUCCUUACAGAUAUUGUGAAAGCACACAUUUUCUUUGCUUGGAAUUGACACCAUGCCUCAUAAUGUGUCAGUGUAAUUUUAUUCAUACAAAACAUAAUAUUGGUUGGUAUGCAUUUUGCUUCACUGUAUUUGACACAAAAGCUAUCAUUUGUAAAGUCUAAAUGUGAUGAUCCCAAGAUCAAAAUCUGGUGUAUGAGUUUUGCUUUUUUUUUCUUUGAUAACGCUUAGAAAAAUCUGUUAGAAACUGUGAAUAAAAUAAACAUGUUAUCAUGGAUAACUUAGAAAAAAACUGCAACACCAAAAGUACAUAUGAACAGGUAAUGGGAUCGGCCUCUAUGCAUAACAUUGUCAGUGCUACCUGUACGGCCAUUUUGCUUGUACUUAGUAUCUUCAGUCAGUUUGUAAAAUUUUUUCAAUUCUAUGAGGAUUCUUUACAUUUUUAUCUUUGAUCGUGGCUUGUAAACUAUUUGUGACAUGAUGUUUGUGUUGGUGAUAUGUAAAGCAUCAAUUGUGAAAGUCAGGUCGGGGUAGGGGGUUGUCUGGUGAUCCCUUGUUUGUUGUUGAACUUUGUCAUAAUACAGUUUUUGUGUUUGGCUUGUUGAGAGAAAUUUAUUUGCCUGCAUUCAAGGGAGAUAUGAUGUACUGCAAAGAGUACAGCUCCCCCUCCUCCCAUCCCCAUUUUUUGCAUUUACCUCCCUCUACUGGAGCUCUUCUCAUUUAUCUUUUGUGUUGGUCCACAAAAGUUGUGAUUACAGAGCAGAAUUUGCUAUUCCUGUUAUCUGUUGUGGGUUUUUCUUUAAACUGUUGUUGCUAUUUUGUUUUAACCAGGACUUUCUGCCCUGGAUUGAUGCGACUAUUACAUUCCAUUCCUUAAUACAUGUUAACAGGCAAACGAUAUUGCAGAUGAGCAUGACAUUGCAUGUAGAGAUUAUAUUUGUCAUUGUCUUUCAGAGCUGUUUUGUCAUUUGACUGCUAAUAUCAUAUCUGAACAUGUCAGUAAACAGUUUAUACCAUUUUCAAACAUUUGAGUGUUGUGAAGUUGUUUUCUGUAUGUCUGAGAUGUAUAUGAUUGUGAUCACCAGAACUUUAUUUUAUGGGCUGGCUUUUUUUCCAAUUCCAGUCCCAUGUAAUGUUGUAAAAAGUAAUAAGCAAAGGUGCACAUUUUGUAAUGUGCAUAUGAUAUUGAUCGUAUCUAAUUUGCUUACUUGAAUCUGUUUAUCCAAGUAGAAUUUCCCUGGUCACAGAGAUUUGUUAUCAUCUUAAGUUAAAACAAGUGUGUUUAAAAAAUGAAUCUACUGGUAUAAGUGGCCUGAACAAUUAAGCAUUUUAUUCUGACAAAAAAAGUAUGUACAGAGUUUUAAAUAAAAGUAAGGUCGUAGUCAACAUGUCCAGAAAUGUUAAAAUGCAGUUUGUGCACUAGUUAAUAAUUGAUCAGUGCUUGAUGAAGUGCUUGUCUUUAGAACUGCUUUUUGUGAUUUCGCUGUGGUGACAUGAGGUCAUCUCUAGAACUAUGCUGGUCCUGUACUUAAACAGACUUUUAUUAAAACCCAUAUAAAUGUCUUUUCAGUUUGUAAUCACAUUUAAAACUAGUUGAUAAGGUGUUUAAAAGAAAAAAAUCUAUUUUGAAAGAAAAAGAGUUGUUGUAAAGAUUACAUAUAUCUUGAGGGGAAAAGUGUUAAGCAUUUUGUUGCAUUUUUAAAUAAAAAUGCAUCUCAUAAUAUGAUUUCUCAGUAUUUUUAUUUUAAAAUGACAUGGAGAUUUUAAAUCAUCUUUCUCUUCUGUGAAGUGUUUACUCCAGAUUUGUCUGGACAAAAUCAAAAUACAUUAUUACACAACAAUGACUGUGUUUCAUUUAACUUUUUAAUUUAAAACAAGAUUUUAUUGAUAUGUUGGUAAUAUCUGGUAUUCAGCAAGACAUGGAGAUUUCUCGUAUCCAUUUUUUAACUUGCGAUGUAUGACAUCUGCCGUUUUUAUAUAUUCUGGGUGAGAAGGGAGAGCUGUUUUGAACAUCAUUUGACCCUUGCAAUGUGUGAACAGUCCACUGAAUGCUGUUGGACCUGUUCAUCUUCAGUCGUCUAUCAGAUUCUUCAUUUUGAGCAGUGUUCUUCAUCCUUAGGCUGACACAAACAUUGCACAAUCAGUAAUUGCUAGGUUAACCUGUCUUCUUCUGUUAGCAAUCAUAAGUCUGCACGUGUCUGAUCAUGAAAUUCUGCAAGCUUUUAUUUGUAAUAAAUCAUAAUCAUAAUCAUUAUCUGGAAGCUUCUAAUCCUGGCAUGCUUGAAACAGAAGAAAGGAGUGAGCUAUGAAGAAACAAGUCAUAAUAGUCUUCUGUGUGCUUAUAGGUUUCUCAUAUUGCUGUCCAGCUAAUCCAGCUUGUGUGCAAUACACCUUGGUGUCUCCAUAAUCUUGCUUCCUUCAAGUUGAUAGGUUGUCAUCACAUGUUGUUUAUGUUCAGAAAUUGAGUUGUGAAAUGUUUGAAGAUGUUACGGCAUGGAUUGCUUUCUUUUUUGUUUUACCCCUAAGCAACAGUUUUACUUAACAGGCAUUUGUUUUUAUUUUUGUUUUUGCUUUGACAUAUUGAACCAGAAACCAGCAAUGAGUAUAUAGGAUAUUUGUAUAUAAUAUUGUCUCAUUCAUUAAACAUGAGCUGUUUUGUCACACAUA